AUGGGUUCUAUAUCACAUAUGAAGUUACGGCGCGCCCCGCUGAAGAACUCCGGGUCCAUCGACCACCUCGAAUAUGUCGACGUGACACCAAUCAUCGGGCGUGAAUAUACCAAGGCUAAACUCAAGGACAUGCUCAAUGCCCCGAACUCGGAAGAUCAGCUUCGGGAUCUCGCCAUCACCAUCUGCGAACGUGGCGUUGUUUUCUUUCGCGCGCCUCAAGAUGAUUUGACUGUUGAAGAGCAGAAGAAGAUCACGUACCUCUUGGGCAAGUUGACGGGCAGACCUGAGGACCACGGCUUGCAUGUCCAUCCUCUUUACAAUGACCCCAACAACAUUCCCAUGGCAGAUGGGACAACAGACGAGAACAUCUAUGUCAUCAACUCGGAAGCCAUGAAGAAACUAUAUGCGACGAUGAAAAAUCGGCCAAACAGCACGGGCGAGCCCAAAGACCUGAGCCGGGAAUGGCACAGUGAUUGUCUCUUCGAGGAAUGUCCGGCGGAUUUCAGCUUCUUGCGCAUGCAAGAUACGCCGCCAUCCGGUGGAGAUACGCUCUGGGUUUCUGGAUAUGAACUCUACGACCGCCUCUCUCCACCUUUCGCCGCGUUCCUCGAGACCCUGACUGCCACCUGUGCGCAACCAGUCUUCAAAUCCGCAGCUGAUGCAGGUGGCUACGAACUGAGGUCCCCCCGCGGCUCACCCUUGAAUGUCGGCGACAAAUUCGCCCCUGUGCACCCCGUUAUCCGCACACACCCAGUCACAGGGUGGAAGUCUCUUUUUGCGGGGGUCGGAUUACAUGUGACACGGAUCAACGAUGUCUAUAACUAUGAGGACCAGAUCAUUCGCGACUACGUCCUCAGGCUUAUCACACGCAAUCACGAUUGUGUGGCGAGAAUGCAUUGGACGAAGCAGGCCUGUGCCAUCUGGAGCAAUGCAUGCACUUUGCAUGCCGCCACGCCUGACACUCACUUGGUCGACGGAGUCAGAGUCGGUGUACGUGCCUCGGGUGUUGGGGAGAAGCCUUAUCUGGAUCCCGCCUCUACGGGAAGGAGAGAGGCCCUUGGCUUGCCAAAGGUCUGA